UUCGUUUCGCUGAAGUGUACGCGACUAGAUAUCGCGCUGUUUGUUUGGAGUCCGGUUCGUUCGUUCGUUGCUAGGCUACUGUGAACAGCAGUCCGCUCAGCUCCACCUUGGAUACAAACUGUUGAAAUAUCACGGUGCAACGCCUGCUUGGGUGCAACGCCAAUUACCAUCCUCCUCCCGCCAAGUGAACCGUUCUACAGGAAAUGGUUAUUUCAUUUUGGGCCCUAGAAAAUCCGGUGACACUUUAUCAGUGUUGAGAUUUCCGGUGUUUCCGAGUGAGUGCACAGUGUUUGUGACAGUCGUAUCAAUCAUAAAACACCGAUGUCAAACUGCAGCAAACAGGAGCAAAAGCAGAAGCAGCAGCCGAAGCACCGGCAGAAUAAAUGAAUCAAAAGUCGUGAUUGAGUGAUAAUCAAACCGUUCGUGACCGCCACCUGAUGCUGUGGUAAGGAAGAUGAUGAAGCGGAUGAUGAUGAUGAUGAUGAUGAUGAUGAUGAUGGUGCUUGAGGGCUACUCCAUGGUCCGGUGUGUGUGUGCGAGAGUGAAAUGGAAUGAAAUUAUCAUCGUUUCGGUAGCCUACCGUCUGUGAAGUUAAGGAGCAGUAGUGGGACAUAUUAAUUUUUUUUUUGGUUCGAAAAAAGACGAGGCCGGCGGUUGUAGAGAGUGGCGUCCAGCAGUUCACGAUAGACUCGAUUAGUGAAUGGCAAAUGAUGCACAGAUCGGCUGCUGCUGCUGCUUAUGAAGCCGUUUUGGAAGAAGAAGAACGACGCUGCCUGAUGACAAACGACGCCGGUUUCGGACUGAUCUGCUGAAAUCGUCCGGUGUUUCAUCCGCCGAGGAAAUUGAUUUCUGCCGACGAUCACCCUUUGCAUCAACAGAAAAUGAGCGCCGUGAUCUAGGGGGGGGGGGGAAGGCUCAGCAGCAUCGGCAUUGGAAAGAAAAAUCCCGCACCUCAGACGCGACCCCCGCGAUGGACUUCCUGAAGGCGGUACAAAACGGCCACUACGAGGCGGUCCGUUCGGCGCUCGGCAAAGUCGACAUCGACUAUCAGGACGAACGGGUGGCGAACAGUGCGCUGCACGUCGCCGUCACCGCCAAGCGUAACAAAACGAAACUGAUCGAACUGCUGAUCACGGCCGGUGCGGAUUGUGAUCUGAAAAAUCGCGACGGUCUGACGGCAUCCGAGUUGGCGCUGGAGUGCGGCUGUCGCACGUUGGCAGAGUUUAUGAUGCGCAAAGAGUUUGAAGGAUGGCCGGAUGAUCGGGCCGUUUAUCGGCUGGUGAGACGUGGUUCGGUGGAACUUUUACGGAUUUAUUUGGAAAAGCGAGCGUUCGACAUUCACACGAAGAUGAAACUGAUCAGAAGAGUCGUGGACGAGCUGACCGUGAAGGGCGUUACGAUAGCGGAUCGGAUGAAGGUGUUUUUGGAGUUUCAAUUGGUGGAAUACAGCUACCGGUACGGAAUGGUUACCGGUGGUGGUGGUGGCAUUGGAACAGGAACGGUUGGAGGACCGGGCACUCGAAAGAAAGGAACAGAUGGCGGUGGCGAUAAAGAGGCUGAAAAGCGCGUGGAGUUGAUAUUGAGCUAUACCAAAUACUUGAAGGAGAACUACGACGGAAACGAUUUGAACGAUCUCGAUGACAGGUUCGUUCUGAGGCUGCGAAUGAUUUGUGAGUGUUGCUAUUUCCUGGAGGACAUUGAAAGACGCCGGGAGAGGAAACUGUACAAACACGUCCCCUUCACGGAGAUUACCUACUUGAUCGGAGUAUUUUUAGCCAUCUUGGAGAAACUGGUCGGAUUCGAGAUCUAUAAGCUUAUUAUUAAUAAAAAUAUGAUAAUAUCGUACUUGGAAGCGGUAUGCCGGGAGCUACGGACAGCGACGUUGGGGGAAAUGCGACGACACGAGAAUGGGGUUUCGUUUCAAUGGUCGUCGCAGCUGUUGUUGGAUCUCACCGCGUGCAUCCGCGAGGAGCGCCUACUGCGAUACGUUGCUAGGAGGAAGCGUUUGAAUGACGAUUUGCAACGGAUUGCUGCGAUGCGCAACGACAACGGCGAUGGGCAAUUGGGGCCAGUUGACCAGGAGCUGGUAAUGAAUGAAAUCCGACGGAAAGAGUUUCAAUCGUUGCAGGAGGGGGUACAACGGGCGGCAGGCGAGCAGGCCAAUGGCAAAUGGUGCGCGUCGGAUUUUGUCAGCCUGUUGCGGUGCGAACGAAAGACAAUCGUAGCGCUUUGGCAGCAGCGGCAUCCGAAGCUCCGCCUUUCGAAGCGACAGGUGCAGUUCGUGAUGGGCCGAAGAGAGUUGAACAAAAUUAAGCAGAGCGUUGUUCAAGAGUUGAGUAAAAAUAAAAUGAAACUGGUCGAAAAGGAAGUGAAUUCCCGUGAAUUCCAAGCCCUGGCGAGAACCGUUUGCCGACGGAAUCGCAUCGUUUUUCGGCGGAUACGGAAAACGUUUGAUCAAAUCAAGCAAAUGUACACGGUUAAGAAAAUUGCUUAUUACGUUGAGAAUGCCAUUGUCAUCGACAUGGAUGACGUGUCGAACGAGCAGAUUUGUAUUCUCACCAUCAAAAGGGUGCUGCAGCUGAUGGACGAAUCGAUUAAAAGUUGCGAUCAGAAUCCGGCAUUCGUGAGAACGCUUGAAAAUGUGCUCGAUCAUGUCAUGUCGUCGGUGAAGAUCACCAAUGAAAGCAGUGACAUUCGGGAUUUCUACUCGCAAAAGUAUUCCCUGGCCAAGUACUUCGCAAACAAAUCGCUGGACAUAAGCCAGUAUAAACUGAUGCAGGACAGUUUGCGAUCGGUGUAUCGAUUCUUUCUGUACGUGAUCAAUAUUCAGCUGAUCGAGGCAUACAAAACCUUUCUCGGUACGGCGUACCGUUUGCCAAGCUUGGCACAGAUUAAAUCCUACGCAAAGUACAUUGGCGAUCACAAUCUGCACACGCUGAGCCACAUCCAGUUCGAGCACGUGUUCUACAAUGAAGACGAGACGGCGGGCAUCAUUCGGGAGCUGAAAAAGAUGUAUCUGGGCAUGUCGAACGAGCUGAAGCUGCUGUCGUUCAUCGAGAAGAACAUCCAUUUCCGGUUUUACCAUAUGCAGUACCAUCAGACGCGGCUGCGAGUCACGUUGAGUAACUUUUCCGUGGUUUACCGGGCGUUGCGGGCGAAUCCGUGCUACGACAGUAUUCGGAAGUUACUGCACUCGUAUCUGAACCAGAGCUACCAGAAGUACGACAUUUCCAAAUCGAUUUCGAUUUCGGACUCGACGCUGGCACUGAAGGAACUGCUUCGGCCGUACAGCAGUGUUCGGGAAAAUGAGGAAACGCUGAUGGUGGUGCGACAUCUCGAGCAGUUGCAGGAGUUGAUGGAUCCGGAUCGAUUGUUUGGCAUUAAUCCGGUUCGGUGUCGGAAGCGAUCGGGCGAAGUUGGAAAGUAUCAUCAGUUUACCAGGAAGAUUCUGAAGGAGAUGGGACUGCAGUUGAAUGACGACGAGUUCCGACAGUUGCACGAGAAACUGCGACGGACGUAUUAUGAGAAUAUAUUUUUGCUGCAGAAUCGAUACCGGAUAAUGGGAGAAUUUUUCAAGCAACGAGCGAUCGCCGUGGAUGGGAAGGUGUUGGCCGGAUACAAGGAGCGGGACGAGGAGUUGCUGCAGGAACUGUUUGACUCGAAGGUCAACGACGUGAUACAGAUUCUGGAGAAGUUUGAAUGUGGUGCGGUUGAUGGGGUGAUGGAAUCGCUUGGGGAAAUACCACCGUUCGUGCAUAUUGCGCUGGAGUUUGCUCUGCUGGAACUGUUGGAUAUUCUCGGUUCGGUCAAUGGACUGGGAACGCACGUUGGUGGAAUGCUCCGGAGCAGCAGUACACCGGUUUUGAGUGGAAGGGCACUGAAGAGCUAUUUGGAGCAGGAUUCGCUAGUGCUUGAUCUGCUGGUGUUCCGAUCGAAUGCAACGAUUUGCGUGAAUGCGCUGGUAUUCAAAAACUUCGGGUUCAAACUGUACGGAGGAGGUGGCGUGCAGUUGCAGGAAGCUCCCGCCGAAUUGGUGGAGUUUAAAGAUCGAUACAACGAACGCUGGAAGUGGUUCGAGAUGCAGGAGAUUUUGUACGAAUCGGUACGGAAGGGAGAUCUGAAACUGCUGAAGGAAAACGUUGACAACGGGUCGGAUUUGCGCGGGAAGCGAUUCGGACCGUUGGUGAUGAAGGAAUUGUGUCACUACAGUUUGAUCGAUUGUGCCAUUGCCGGCGGUGGGUUUCGAGAUAUGAUCGCCAUGCUGAACCGGGAUUACGAAGAGAUCGGCGAAGAACGGCGGCAGCUGUUGGAGUACCUGCUGAGACGGACGGUGAAAUCGCAUUUCCUCGUUGGGCAGUACUGCAAAUUAAAGCCCGAGGAUCGUAAAAUGUUGGUCCUGUAUUUGUCCAUGUUUCUGGGGAAUGUGGGUGUGUUUCUGAGAAAUUUGGAACGCUACAGCGCCCACGGAGAUUUGCAUCUGUUUGUGAACUCGGAGAAUCAUAAAUUCGUGAGCGAGAUGUUACAGGAACUGAAGGGAUUCGAAUUCAACCGGUACGACUCGAGUGGGCUGACGAUUUUGCAUAAGAUUGUCAAUGCGGGAAACUUGCAAGCCGUCCAAGUUUUGGCACGUAUGAAAGGCGUUGAGCUGAACGGAACGAACAGUCUGAAGUACACGGCACUGAAUCUGGCCUGCCGGUUGAACCUGCUGGACAUUGUGAAUGUCCUCGUUCAGCAUCGGGCAGACGUCAAUGUGAUGAGUGAGGAUGAAAAACUGCCCGUCUUCUGGUUGAUUCAGUAUCAGAACCCGAGGGAGCUGGUUUCGUUGGCGAUUGAUUCCAGCACGGAGUUGACAUCGUUCUCCAGUGAGCUUUGUCUGCUGCAUAAAGCCAUUGAAUUCGACAACUUGGAUGUGGUGAAAUAUCUGAUCGAAGAGCAGAAGGUAGAUCCCGGUCGGAUCUAUUCGAACUGUAAUAACGUAGUCCACGCAGCAGCCAGCUACAACUGGGCUAGAGUUUUGAGUUAUCUACUUACCAUAUCGGGACUGCGAAAGUUGGUCAACAAUACGAAUCUGGUGAAGAAUACCCCGCUGAAUAUUGCCUGCAAGGAAGGUUAUUUGGGCAUUGCUCGCAAACUGCUUGGACACGGUGUCCGAACGGACACCUGCGGAGAGUACGGUCUCAAUGCUCUGGCAUUUGCCAUGUACACGAAUAGCUUCAAACUGGUGAAGCUGUUGUUCCAACAUGGCGCCACCAUAAGCUACCCACUGAGUUCCGAUUUUCAACCCAUCAAUAUGGCGAUUAUAAACCGGAACAUCCCAAUGUUGAAGUUCCUGCUGAAGAACGGAGUGGAUGUGAACAGUGCUCCGCUUUGUUUCAUCAACACCGUCUACUCGCAAACGAAGGAAUUCGUGUCGAUCCUAGUAGGCGCUGGAUCGAGACAUAUCAACUUCAAAGAUGAGUUCUGUCAAACCGCCUUCCAUCUGUGUGUGGAGCGAGACGAAUACGACACGGCUCAGGAGUUGAUCAGAGCCGGAGCUGACAUCAACGCCAAGAACCGUUCGGGAAUGACGCCACUUCAUCUGGCCGUCGUGAAAGGUAAUGUCCGUUUCGUUCAGCUUCUGUUGGACCACCGGUGCCAGGUGGAUGCCCUGAAUUACCACGGGGAAACCUCUCUCAUCAAGUCGGUCGUGUGCAAUAACCUAGAUAUAGUGAAAAUCUUGCUCAACAACGGAGCCAGUGUGGAACGGCUGCGAAACAGUGAACCCUCGGUACUUCUGUAUCUCGUUCAGGAAAACUACGAGGACAUUCUGGACUAUCUUCUGGAGCACUAUCAGUUCAAUCCGAACGAACAGGACGCCUACGGGAACUCACUGCUGUACGUGGCCACGCAGCACAACCAUAUCAACAUUGUGAAGUUGCUGGUCGACAAAUAUCACGCCCAAACGAACACCGUCAACAACAAGAAGCUGACACCGCUGAUGAUUGCCCGGGUCAAGGAGUUCCGGGAGAUUUUCAGCUUCCUGGAAGCACACCUGACACCCGGUCCCGCUGCGGAAGAGUAAACCUGGUUUGCUAGGAUGACAGGUUUUAUAUUUGACACAUUGCGACCAGCACCGGGUUGCUACGUUCAAUGUGCAAUCGAACCGUGUAGGAAAAUUGUUUUUAUCUAGUUGUUUAGUGUUUCUAUUUAUUUAUAUUUGUUUUUUUUUUAUUUUUGUGCGCAAACUAUUUAUUAUUAUUAUUAUUAUUUUACGUGCCAUAUCAUUAAGAGAUUCGUUUUUUUUAUGUUGGCUUAAUCUUUAUCCUACCCCAGAAUCGCCGUUCAGAUCCGAGUGUAGGAGGUAAAUGUUCUCUGAAUUGUGACAGUUUCGAAUCAUCAUAGAUGAACAGACAAAAAAAACCGGAAUCCACUCGCUUAAGCUCGUAGCUCGUAAGGAUAUGCAUAUAAUAAUACUGAAAGCCUAGUUGUGAUUUGGUGUGUGACUUUUUUGUACAUUAGUUCGAAAAUACUCACCGUCUUUUUAACGAAGUAUGUAAUAUUAUGUAAUGUGUAACAGAAGAAAAAAAAACACAAGCAUAGCAGAAUUGUAAAUAGUAAAGCAAAAGCGAAAGAGCAAAGUGAAACACUGCAGAAAAAAUGAAUCGAUUUGUCUUAGACACAUUCCAGCAAGUGACCAGUUCAAACUAGCUCUUUCUUGUAUUGUUUUUUUUCUUGGGUUAUUUUUUAAUGAUCAGAAGUAUCAUAAACAGUGAAAAAAAAAUCCAACGCCGAAGGUAGUAAAAUUUAAUUUGUAGCAUAUGUUAGAUUUCAUUUCCUGUGUUUUCCUGUAAAAAGUUUCCCAGCCCCGGUCAUCAGCCCCCAGGAAAGAGGUGGAGGAUCAUGUGCCAAUAUAGACUUAAACAGCCGAACUGUAAUUACCAGGCAUUCUAACCGGGUUAUUCUAACUUUUUCGAUUUCGAUUUCGAUUUAGUUCAAAUGCCAAACUCCGAACUAGUUUAUGUUAUUCUUUGAAUUCAAUUCAGUGUAAGUUCAGUGCCGUAACAACAGAAAAAAAAGAAUCUAUGUUUCCCAGGCGAAACACAAAUCCCCAUAAAAAAAAAUCAUGUGUGCUAUAAUCAUUAGUCAUAAGCAAGCAAACAAUAAUAUAUUUCACAACCAUGUCAGAGUAAGAGUAAUUGAGAGAUAGCAGUAGUUUGUUACGUUCAAAUCUUAUGUACCUUUUAUAGUUUUAGAUCACUAAUAAAUACUUCAAUAACUGUAUCAUUCAGAAGAGAACAAAAAAAGUAAAUAAAUGAAUUAAUCAAACAGCAGGAGAUUAUGCUCGAUUGAAAUACAGCAGACAGCAAAACAAGCAAUUUUUCGAAUCAUCCACAGUAUCAUCCAGUUUUAUGAAAUUGUCAUCGAUGUACUACUCCUCUCGGUACGACGGAAUCAGUCAGAAAAGAAAGAAAGAGGGAGAGACAGAAAAAUAAUCAAAAUUUAAGCAUCACAUCUCUAGACGUACUUUGUCGUGUCCAGCAGCGAAUCAAAUAAACUGUAUUUUUUGCGAAAAAUUAA